AUGGUGAACCUAUCUGAAGAUUGUGGAAAUAGCAGGAGUGUGGACUUUAGAAAGGUGUUUGUGAGAGGUAAGUGUGUUUCAUUCUCUCCUUCUGUGAUUAAUAAAUUCUUAGGAAGAACAGAUGUAGCUCAACCUGAGCGUGAAGUGACAGACAACAAAGUUUGUCAAGUGAUCACAGCCAAGCAGGUAAACAGCUGGCCCCCGAAAGAGAAACUGACGGCAAGUAAGUUGAGCAUCAUAUAUGCAAUGCUUCACAAGAUAGGAGCAUCUAAUUGGGUACCAACGAAUCACAAGUCCACUAUUUCAACUGUUCUUGGCAGAUUUAUGUAUGCUGUAGGAACAAAGGCGAAGUUUGACUAUGGAACAUAUAUUUUCGACCAAACUAUGAAGCAUGCUGGAAGCUUUAGUGUUAAGGGUCCAAUUUCCUUUCCAUCCAUUCUGUGUGGCAUAAUUCUGACUCAGUAUCCCAACAUUCUCAAUGAGCAUGAUGUAGUAUGCAAAAGAGAGAGCCCUUUGGCUUUCCACUAUAAAUUGUUUCAGGGUACGCAUGUUCCAGACAUUGUCAUGACAUCGGCUGAAACAUCCAAGUCUGGAGCAUCAGUCAGUAAAGCAGAAGUCAUAACAAUGUUAAAAGAGACCUGCAAAGAGCUGGAAGCUAGGAAAAUAUCCCUUGAAAAGAUGAUAAGCACUCUGGAAAUGAAUGAGAAUGAGGAUUUGGCAGAUGCUGAAAAGAUGGCAGAUGAAGAUAUGGAAGAAGAGAGUACCAGUCCUACUGAUGGCGCUGCGAAAGGAAGUUAUGUAGACACCUCAAGUGGGUCUGACUCCGGGAAGUAA